AUGGGCUCGGCCUCCUUUCUUCCUCCUCACAGGGAGGCCCGAUCACAGAAGGAGUCCCCUCGGUCUCUGAAGGACCGGCCCUGCGGGAAAAAGCCACUUCCCCCCCGGCCUCGAUCUUCUUCUCCCGCCACGUUGGCCACAGAGGGGGAAUUUCUUUGCACACAAGAAAAGACACCCACGUGCAAAGGAGGGCUUGAGCCUCACCCUUCAACGCCCCCCCCGGUUGUUUCUGCAAUCUCUCCCCCCCCCGUUCGUGCAGGAGGGGGGAAGGGGAGGAACCUAGAGCUACGAAGGCGAAGGAAGAGCCCCUCCCCUGGACGCCCUUUGAACGGGAGCCGGAAGAAGCGGGGAUCCUGCAGCGCCUGCCUCUUCCCCUUCGGCCCAAGAAAGGCGCCUGGAGGAGAGAAGCGGGGCUUUUGGGGCGCCUCCCGGAUCGGGACCUGGACGGAGGAAGGGGCAAGACUGAGCGGCAUUCUCUUUGUUUUUUUGGGAACAAAAACCAAUAACCAAAUCCCAAGAUCCCUUCAACAUUUGCAAGAUGAUGAAGAAGAGAAGAAGAAUUGCCCAGGAAGAUCUGGGACAACCUGGGCAGGAACUCAUAACCAAGCAAGAAAACAGAGUAAGAGUAAGCAAGAAAAUCAAAGUGGGCAGGCAGGGACUGCACGUGAAAGAAGUUACGGAGGCGAGAAGAGCAUGUCACGUCAGUGGACAUCAAAGAACACAUGCAGGGGAGAAGCCAUAUCAAUGCAUAGAAUGUGGAAAGAGCUUCACGCAGAAUGGUAG